AAAAAAAAAAUCUUUAGCCAUGUUAAGCAACCGUAGUUGUCCACUAUAAAGGAGCUCUGCUAUCUUAAAAUUUUAAUAUCAUAAUAUGAAGAAGCUCCCAAGCCUCUGUCUCAUAGCCUUUCUCCACUUUACUUCCCUUCUCCUUAUCUCUGUUCAGUCUGCUCGCCCUCCAUUUGCCUGUGAUCCCUCUAAUGAAUUAACAAAAUCAUUCCCCUUUUGCAAAAGAUCAUUGCCUAUAAGCGAAAGGGUCAAAGAUCUUGUCUCUAGACUCACAUUGGAUGAGAAGGUCUUGCAACUUGUAGACACAGCACCUGCUAUACCUCGGCUCGGAAUCCCUGCCUAUGAGUGGUGGUCGGAAGCAUUACAUGGGGUUGCCUUCUUGCCUCAUGUUGCAACUAGGCAAGGUAUCCAUUUCAAUGGAACCAUUACGGCUGCCACUAACUUUCCACAAGUCAUUCUCACUGCUGCUACAUUUGAUCCCCUGCUAUGGUAUCGCAUUGGUCAAGUGGCUGGAAAAGAAGCAAGAGCUAUAUAUAAUGCUGGCCAAGCUACAGGAUUGACAUUUUGGUCACCAAAUAUCAAUAUAUUUAGGGACCCAAGAUGGGGAAGAGGGCAAGAAACAGCUGGAGAAGAUCCCUUGGUUUCAGGGAAGUAUGCAGUGUCAUUUGUGAGAGGGCUUCAAGGAGACUCUUAUGAAGGCGGAGCCCUUGGGGAGCAUCUUCAAGCUUCAGCUUGCUGCAAGCAUUUUACAGCUUAUGACCUGGAUCACUGGAAAGACAUGCAUAGGUUUAUAUUCAAUGCUAAAGUCACAAAACAAGACAUGGCCGAUACGUUUCAACCUCCAUUUCAAAGUUGCGUGCAAGAAGGAAAAGCCAGUGGGAUCAUGUGUGCUUAUAAUCAAGUUAAUGGAAUCCCAAACUGUGCAGAUUACAAUCUCUUGUCAAAGACAGCCAGAGGAGAGUGGGGCUUCCAAGGGUACAUCACCUCUGACUGCGACGCUGUAGCUGUCAUGCAUGAAAAUCAGAUGUAUGCUAAAACACCAGAAGAUGCAGCUGCAGAUGUGCUUAAAGCAGGGAUGGACAUGGACUGUGGCUAUUAUCUGAAAUACUAUACCAAAUCAGCAGUAGAAAAGAAGAAAGUAAAAGAAUUUGAUGUUGACAGAGCCCUUCACAACCUCUUCACCAUGAGGAUGAGGCUUGGAUUAUUCAACGGUGAUCCAGUUAAACUUCCUUAUGGCAAUAUUGGCGCAGACCAAGUUUGUUCACAAAAGCAUCAAGCCAUAGCUCUUGAAGCAGCUCGAGAUGGCAUUGUUUUGCUGAAGAACUCAGAUCAGCUGCCUCUUUCAAAAUCAAACAUCAAAUCCCUUGCAGUUAUUGGCCCUAAUGCAGACAAUGCAACAAUACUUCUUGGAAAUUAUGCAGGUCCCCCAUGCCAAGCCAUUACACCAUUGCAAGGAUUGCAGAAUUACAUUAAGAACACCAAGUAUCACAAAGGUUGCAAUACAGUUGCUUGUUCCUCAGCUGAACUUGACGAAGCAGUAAAAGUAGCAGAAGCAGCAGAUCAAGUGGUGUUAGUUAUGGGGCUUGAUCAAGAACAAGAAAGGGAAGAACGUGAUCGAAUUGACUUGUUACUUCCAGGGAAGCAGCAGGAGCUGAUAACUAGCGUCACAAAAGCUGCAAAAAAACCUGUUGUUCUGUUGCUUCUUUGUGGAGGUCCAGUAGAUGUAUCUUUUGCCAAAACUAAUGAGAAAAUUGGAAGCAUUUUGUGGGCUGGUUAUCCAGGUCAAUACGGAGGAACUGCACUUGCAGAAAUCAUUUUUGGUGACCAUAACCCAGGUGGGAGAUUACCAAUGACUUGGUAUCCACAACAGUUCACUCAGGUGCCAAUGACAGACAUGAGGAUGCGAGCUAAUUCAUCUUCUGGCUAUCCUGGCCGAACUUACAGAUUUUAUCAAGGCAAAAAAGUAUUUGAAUUUGGUUAUGGUCUGAGUUACUCAAACUAUUCUUAUGAGAUUGUCUCUGUUACACCAGACAAGAUCAACUUAAGAUCAUCAACUAAGGAUGAAAAAUCAAAUCACAAGCCAGUCUCAAACUUGGGGGCAGAUCUCUGUGAAAAGAGCACAUUGUCUGUUGUUGUAAGAGUUAAAAACCAAGGGGUAAUGACAGGCAAGCAUCCAGUAUUGCUCUUUAUGAGGCCAGCAAAGGGUGAAUAUGGGACGCCAAUGAAAAAAUUAGUUGGAUUUCAAAGCAUCAAACUUAAAUCAGGGGAAACUGCUGAAAUUGAAUAUAAGCUGAACCCUUGUGAGCACCUUAGCAGAGCUGAUGAAGAUGGGUUGAUGGUGAUGUAUGAAGGGCUUCAGUACUUGCUUGUUGGAGACAAAGAGUCACCAAUCUAUGUGAUAGUUUGAUACUAAGAUAAUUAUGAAAUCUUGGAUGUCUUGGUCAAUGAAUACAUUUGAAUCAAUAAGAUGGAAAGUGUUAGACAAUUAUUUAAGAGGACUAAAUAUUUAGUCUC